AUGAGUGUUGCUACAGCCAUGGAGGCCGUUACUUAUAAUUACGAUGAAUACAGUGAUUAUGAUAACGACACGGAACCCGACUGCCAGGAUGAGAAUUUGCCCCAUGGGCACUGGAUUCUGCCCACCCUCUAUCUGAUCUUUUUUUUCUUUGGCCUGACUGGGAACGCCAUAGUGAUCGCCAUUGUGUCCAGGCGGAGUUCACGUCGGGCAGAUAUUUUCAUUCUCCACCUCGCCAUCUCUGACUUGCUUUUUGUAUUGACUCUGCCAUUUUGGGCUUCUUCGUUGGCGCUGGGGGGGCAGUGGAGCUUUGGGGUACACAUGUGCCGCGCCAGUGGGUUUAUUAUCGCGGUUACCCGCUGUGCCAGCUCCUUGCUAAUGGCCAUCAUGAGUGUUGACCGUUACCUUGCGGUGAUUGGGGGGCAUAGGAUUCACCCUUUCCGCACUAGGACCUGCUCCCUGGGGGCUUGCUGCGCCAUUUGGCUGCUCUCCCUGGUAACUGGGAUCCCCCCUCUGGUUUUCCGGAACCUGGUGGAGAACGUGUGCGUGGAAUCCUCAGAAUCGAGACUCAGCGUGGGCAUCAAGUUGGCCACUUUGUUCUUGACCUUCGUCCUUCCACUUACCGUGGUGGCGUUUUGCUACAGCUGCAUGGCUAAGCACCUCUGGAAUUAUUUUGGGGGCCCUCAGAAUGUUGCUGGGGGCAAAGCGAAGCCUCGGCGUAGGCACAGCUGGCUACGUAUAGUCUCGUGUGUUGUGGCAGCGUAUUCAUUGUCUUGGUUGCCCUAUAAUACCCUCAGCACUGUAAGACUGGUGGCCGAGCUUGGAGAAGGCUUUCCCUGCCACACCACGGUCGCCAUUAACCAAGCGCUCAGUGCCACAGCCGCCAUUGCCUUUGCCAACAGCUGCACCAACCCCCUCAUCUACUCCAUCCUCGAUGCCGGCUUUCGGCACAGGACAAAGCAGACCUUGCCCAGCAUUUUCCCCAUAUGCCAAGCAGUUUUCCAUCUCCCCUUCCGUGGUGGGAGCCAACAGUCUACAGUUGCCAGCACCGAGAGUAGCAGCUCCUACACACGCAGCUACUGA